AUGGCUAGCAACAAUCUGUCCGGUAAACCCAUCAUCGCUGUUAUCUUCUACUCCACCUACGGCCACAUCGGUGCUCUUGCUGAGAGUGUCAUCAAGGGUGCCGAAGCUACCGGUGCCAUCGUCAAGCCUUACUUCGUUCAAGAAACUCUUCCCAAGGAAGUCCUCGAGAAGAUGUACGCCGGUGGUUCAUUGACUCCCAAAUACCCCAUCGCUACUCCAGAUGCCCUAAAGGAGGCUGAUGGUAUCAUCAUCGGCGCACCUACCCGAUAUGGACGAGUUCCCGCUCAAGUAUCAGCCUUAUUCGAUGCUACUGGUGGACUUUGGGCUGCGGGCGCCUUGACCGGAAAAUUCGUUUCAAUGUUUACUUCUGCAGCAGGCCAGCAUUCUGGACAUGAGUCUACAGUGAUCACCACCUUCCCCUUCUUCGCCCAUCACGGUUUAGUCUACGUACCUAUCGGAUACUCUGAGCCUGCUGUCGGCGGUAUCGAUGCCGUCCAAGGUGGUUCUCCUUACGGUGCUUCUACAGUAGCAGCUGGUGACGGUCACUUGCAACCUUCAGCUGUUGAUUUGAAGAUCGCCGAACACCAAGGUAACUACUUCUCCAAAUUCGUAGCUACCUUUGUACGAGGCAAGACCGUCGCUUAA